UUAAAUAUCUUGCUGCUAAAUGUUUUCUCUUUGGUAGCUUCCAGCCAGUCCUCUCACGUUCACACUAGUACUACAGUGUAGCCUCACACAAACACAGAGGGACACACAAUGCUCAGCUGGCUUGGCCGCGGACAAGACCCAUAACUUCAUAUCUAUUUAAGAUUUUUUUUUUUUGUCAUUAUGCUGCAUUUUACUUUCUGAAUGUUCAUCAACAACAACAGCCAAACAAUGAGGGGCAUCCUUAAGAGAAAGUUUGCAGAGGUAGAUGACAAUCCCUACUCCUCGUCCUCCUCUCCUCCGUCCUCCCACUCCUCCCCCGCCUCCUCGGAGUGGGAGUCCGAUGGGGAGAGCGGCCCUUCUGACAACCAGGAUUUCACGCCUCACAGUCCUUCUUCCCCCCCUAGUUUACCCAUUCGGUCCAACCUGAAGAGGCCUAAGCUUGCAGGUGCACAGAGCAACGUGCGCUUUGAUCAAGUCACUGUGUUCAGUUUCCCGCGCUGCCAGGGCUUCACCAGUGUGCCCAGUCAUGGAGGCGCAACCCUGGGCAUGGCGCGGAUGCACAGCGCCCUUCAGAGAUACACACUGGCAGAGCACGCACUGGAGCGGCGGCAGGGACGCAGAGAGAGGCUCAGAGAGAGGCGGAGGAAAGAGAGGUUCGAGGCUCUGAAACACAAAUUGAUCACCAGCGGGGCCGUAGACCAGAGGGAGGCAGACAGGCUCACAGCGGAUCAGAUCCGCUCAGAGGAAGACGCUGACGUCCACAUCAGUGAUGCCGAGCUGGAGGACGGGGGUUUCCUUCAUCCUUACUCCUCCAAACAGAGGCAGGCUCUCCUCCAGGCGGCGGGGGUGAAGCGCAUAGACCGGGAGGAGAAGAGGCAGCUCCAUGCCUUGCGUAUCUCCAGGGAGGCCUGUGGAUGUGACUGCCAAGGCUUUUGUGAGCCAGAGACCUGCGCAUGCAGUCUGGCUGGAAUCAAGUGCCAGGUGGACCGCUUCACCUUCCCAUGUGGCUGCACUAAGGACGGCUGUGGAAACACUCAGGGGCGCAUCGAGUUCAACUCCAGACGCGUGCAGACUCAUUAUAUCCACACCGUCAUGAAACUCGAACUGGAGAGGCGACUGCAAGACGAAAAACUGAGCCAAGAGGACCAGGCGGGACUUCCAGAGGACCUUGAAGAGUAUGUGGACCAGGACGAGGCCCCUCCGAUGCAGAGCGCCCAGGAUAGGAGCUGCCCCUUUGGGUUCACUAUGGAGGAGGACGGUCUUCCUCUUACCAUGCCCGCCACGCCUUCCUUUCAUUUCCCCCCAGAGCGGUUGGUGGUGGAGGAGAACAGCUGCAGCAGCGACAUGACCGAUUCCUCCUGCUCCUCCUCUGACUCAGAUGCAGGACGAUGCCUUAAUGGGAGUCAGAAUCCCACUGAUGAGAAUGGAGGGCUGUCGCUUGCCUUCAGCCUCUGUGACUCUGAAAAUACUAACCACUCUACGCGCAGCCAACCGAGGAACAUAGGAGAACCACUGACGCAGCACAGCGGCAACCACGCCACUCACAGCACACCCGCUGACAGUACGGGACCACUUACAACCAACACACUCACAGACAAUGUAAGCAGGACCUCACUGACAGAUUACCUCGAUGAGAAUGCAAACCAAGCCAGAGACUUCUUUGACAAUGACUCUCUCGAGGACUUCCCCAACACUCCCUCCCCCACUGUGGACUAUUUCUCAAGCAGGUACAUGGACCUGAGUCUGUCCUCUGACUCCGACAUUGAGUUCUUCGACAGUGAGUACGCCUCGGGGCCUUUGCACAGCUCUUUCAAAGUACACAGACACCCAGACAGCUUUUGCCACCUCCAGCUGUUAAGCUCUGUUAAUUUGCCGCAGUAUGAGUCGAGCACUUACCUCCUGGAGUCUCUGAUCGGCCUGACUGAGCCCAGCACAGAGCAGGGUUUUGCAGUCAGCGGCACCCAGGUUUCAUAGCUGAUUCAAGGAGGUCUUGUGACAAAACAAGCAACUGUGUCAGAGAGUUCAAUGUAUAAAGCACUGCUUAAAUGUAUUUGUAAGAACAUUUCAAUGUACAAAGAAUGAAUGAUGAAAUAUUUGUUCACUAGCUGGACACAUUUUUUUUCUAUUUCCUAAAAUAUUUUUGCCUUUAUUUCAGAGAAACCACACCUAAAUAAUUAAUAUAUCUUUUUUAUUUUCUGAAUCUAUAUAAUAAUUUGUGAUAUGUUAUUUAAUUUCUUAUACUAUGGCCACUCUGAUAUUUGGAUUCGGCCCUGAUGCUGCAGCCUCAUUGUUGCUCAUUGCAAGUUCAGUUGUUUAAAGUAAUAUUUAUUCCAAAGGUCACAAAGAUAGAGGCAAUAAAAAGUUUCCAUUUUGUAAAGUAUUGCCCCAUGUGUCAACAAAAAUAUGCAUAUUAUGCAGGAAGCUGGCCAUGUUAUAAGCAGGAUAAUCCACUCACAUGAAUGAAAUAUUUUAUUAAACAACCCCAGAGUUGUGAGUUAUUUUCUACUGCCUGGCUGAUUGUGGAAUAUCCUCUAUAUUCUAAAUAACAUGUUUAAAACAUUUCUGUAUUAUAAUAUAAU